AUGGACUCGUUCUUCACCGGUUUCUUUCAUUCUCUCGGCAACUUCUUUGUUUUGGUUUGUCCAUCACCGUGGGAUGUGUUAUGCUACGUAGAGAAUUUCUGCGUGGCUAGUCUCGCCAAAGCUGCCUUAGUCCUAAUCGUAGCCUACUUGUUUCUCUUUGGUUUCUGGCAUUGUAUCAUACACAGUUUCUGCAGACUCCUCUGGGCUCUAGUCUCUUGUUGGUUCUACAUUCUUAGCUAUUGCUACACUUUCUUCUGCUAUGAUCUGCUACACACCAAACGCAGAAGAAGACGCAGAAACCACAGGUAUACUGAGGGUGCUUAUAGUGAUGAUGGGUCGUUCAGAUACCAUAGAUCGAGACGAGAAGUGAGAAAAGAAGAGCGUCUUAGAAAGUCUCUAAGACCGAGGAGCCAUCGUGUUAGAGUUGGUGUGAGGAAAGACCAUCGUUCUUCUGACUCGGGUUUGAGCCAACAUGCUGGCGAUGUUGGUCAGGUUCAUGGUAUUAGAGUGAGCAGAGAGUCUAAAUGCGCACGGAAAGGUUCAAAACGAAGAGGUCGAGUUCACCAUGGUCCUCGCAGAGCAUGAAAAAAUAUCCUUAAUAAUUCCACUAUCAUUUGAUAAUAUCUUGAGACCAAUAAUGCAAAAUGCUAGGUUUAAUCUUUGCUAAUUUCACUUGAGUAAGAUCAGUCCGACCAAACCAGCCUUGUACGUGGGAUCAGGCAGUGCUGUCGUGUAGUAGAGAGGGCAGAGCAUGUUCAAGGUGACGCACCCGUUGCAAGGUUUUGACGGAUAUAUAUAUCUCAUUUGAUCCCAUCCCAUUGUUCACGUGAUUAUACUGUAUUAACCAAACUAUGGUGUUUCAAAAAAAAAAAACCAAACUAUGACAGCGUAACAUCGAAUGAUUGAUCGCCACGUGGAUACGCGACCAUUUAGCUG